AACAAACUGUAAAGAAUGGUAGAAGACAUCACUCGCCGCACGAAUCGUGCAGGUUGCUCCACUAGUUUUGUGAAAUAGUUCCUCCAUAAUCAUUUAGGUCCAAUUGGAACAGUGAUGAUUGCUUGUGGUCUUUUGCCAGUCUCAGCAGGAGAUUUCAUGUCUGAUCUUGACGUUCAGAUCCCAACUGCCUUUGACCCCUUUGCCGAGGCGAAUGCUGGGGACGCUGGUGCAGCUGCCGGAUCAAAAGACUACGUUCAUGUACGCAUCCAGCAGCGUAAUGGUCGCAAGAGCCUGACCACUGUCCAGGGUCUGAAGAAGGAGUUCAGCUACAGCAAGAUCCUCAAAGACCUCAAGAAAGAGUUUUGCUGCAAUGGUACAGUUGUCCAGGACACAGAACUUGGACAGGUCAUUCAACUCCAGGGUGAUCAGAGGAAGAACGUCUCAAACUUCCUUGUCCAGGCCGGCAUUGUGAAGAAGGAACACAUCAAGAUUCAUGGUUUCUGAGCAACUGCCAGCUCCAUAUCAGAGUCUACAUGCAAAGCAGCUAUAUAUUGGUGGUGCAGUAUAUUUAGUUGUGUGCUAGCGCUAGCAGGCGUUACCAGCUUGCGCGCUCUGAGUAUACAGAAAAUCUAGCAUAGCCCACCUCUCUGCGUGUAUGCUUGUUACCGUUGUGUUGAAACUUUGUAAGGAGCACCAUCUUUAGAUGGCUUGUUACCCUCUCCCAUCAAGGUUGAAUAAUAUAUGCUUUGUUAAGCGUGGUA